UGGUAAUUUGCGCCACGACAGAAAACGAAAUGGACUAUGUAAUUUGCGCCACACUUUUAACUUGAAUUGCUGGAAUUUACCAGCAGAUACCUAAAUUUAUUGAUAACGCAUUAGACAUACAAUAAUACGUACCGACGCGUGUCCAAUAUAAUAUUGUAGUAUUCUACCGCGGAUAAUAUAGAGACAACUCGUCUCUAUUAGACGUAAUCGAUCUCCGAUUACGUCUAAUCUAAUGAAAAUUAUCAAUGUAUUGUUAAGUAAGUCAUCGAACAAUAUUGAACAGCAAUGUCGCGAAUCGCCUGAUAUUAACAGUUAGUCCGAUAUAAAUCGCGUGUGCGUUCAUGUUAUUUUCACAUUUCAAAAUCAUAUAAAAGUAUAAGAAAUGGAAAAUAAUGCAAAUAUUGGUGAAAUAAUUAAAAGUACAAGAGACAAAGAUUUGUUAUUAUUUGCAAAUUUUACGUAUCGAAAAGUUCACGAAUCGAAAAAUUCUUCAAUACGAUGGCGUUGUACUGUUAGAACUUGCACUGCAAAAGUGUAUACUUCUUUAGAAAAUAUUGUACAAAUAGUUGAAAUUGUAAAUGAACAUAACGGGCAUGAUCAACCAAAUACAGACAGAAAAAUAUAUUCAAAUGGAUGUAAGAGAAAAGCUACGGAAAAUCUGUAUACUAAACCAAGUAAGAUAUUACGAACUGAAAUUUCUAAAAAUAUAUCUAAUUUACAAUCCAUCACUACCGAUGAUAUAUCACUAGUUCGACGAAAUAUUUAUAACGCCCGUAGAAAGAUAGUGCCACCAUUACCAAAAACAAUGGAAGAGUUGCAAAAGAGUAUAAGAAAUUUGGAUUUGAGAACGGACCUCAAUGAGCAAUUUCUAUUAACCAAUGAUCCGAACUGUCAUAUAAUAAUAUUUUCAUGUGACACAAAUUUAAAAGUUCUAUGCCAAUCUGAGAUUAUAUACAUGGAUGGAACUUUUGAAUAUUGCCCCAAGUUAUCAAAAAUAUGCUGACUAUUUAGUUGACACUUACAUCUGUGAAGAGGCUAAAUUUCCACCAAUAAUUUGGGCUUCGAAUAUAGCGUCACUAGGUCUCACUACUAAUACUUGCGAAUCCUAUCAUUCACGUUUCAAUUUCGAGUUCUAUCACCCACAUCCUACUAUUUAUCACUUUUUGGACGUACUGAAAGGAUUUCAAACAGAAACUUUGAUUAAAAUUAAAAGUAUACAUCUUAAAAAGCGAAAAUCUACUAUCAACAAAAAUCGUUUGGAAACUUUUCAACAAAUAUUUGAAGACUACAGACAAAAUAAAAUUGACAGAAAAGGCUUAGUUUCGUCUUUAAGCUAUAAGUAUAAAAAAAAAGCUGAGUAAGCAGGUAGAAAGCUAGGUAUUUUAUUUCAAAAA